CACGUGAUCCGCAUAGUGGGACUUUCCUCGGCCCUCCUCCGCCCUCCUCCUGGCUCCUCCCUGAAACGCCUUUAUAACGCGCCUUACUGCGAGGUUCCAGUUAAACCCACUCAGGACCGGUACCAGGCUGGUUCGGAGGUGCGGAUCCUGCUCAGCAUGGACCGGAUCUGCAGGCUGCUGGCGCUGACUGGUCUGGUGGUGCUGCUGCUUCCUGCAGCUGCUGCAGACCUUUCACCUCUAGACUGCAGCGUCAGUCGACUUCCAACCCGUUUCUUCAGGUACCAGCUGUCCCAGUGGACCGCCUCAGAUGACUGCGACACACAGUGGACAGACCAUGACAAGGUUGUGGUUGCCCAGGGUUCUUCCGUCAAUGAAAACCUGGUGGAGAACGUGACUGUCGACCACAUCGACCUGAAGACCUGCUAUCCUCACCUGACGCACAUCACCAAGUGUUGGAAAGUGAAACAAACUUCACCAACAGAGACUAAAUUUGAUCGGUUUGUUGACUGCAGAGUGAACUGCAGCCUCUUGGAGCUCGAUGGCGUUCCUCCACCAACCAAGUUUUGCUUCUCUGAAUCCGUGUGCAUCGACAGUUUCACAGCACGUCUCAUCCUCGCUGUUCCAGUUGCUGUGAUUCUCUUGGGUUUGAUCAUCUGGUUUUCCGUCUACAAAUUCAAACUGGGAAAAUGUACAACUGCAUCAUACAGUCCUCCAAUUCAAAUGCAAACCAAAGGUCAUGUGAUCGAUGGAGUGCCUGUUUCUGUCUGAAGUCAUUUGGCAGCUUCUUCAUGUUUUUGAGCUGAACGUUCAGCUAAACAUCCAGUUAUUUUACAAAGAUCUUCUUUAAGUUCUUUCAAGCCUUUAUGAACCACCAUAAUAGAUUUAUCAGCAUUAAAUUUACGGUUUGUGUUGGUGUGCUGCUGAAAUGUAUUGGGAGAAGAGAUGCUUCCAGUCCUGGAACCAGAAACGUUUCUGUCUGAAUAAAUCCGUUUGCUUUGUGUCGCCUCCCGUCCUGAACCAGAACCUCCAGCCCUGCUGGCUCAUCCCGCUGUCUGAACGGCCGCGUCGCAUUUUAUCCAACAUGUCAUAAAAUUUCUUCAAAAUAUAAUUUCUAGAAGUUUUACUUUGUUUCCUUCGUCUUAUGAUUUCAUGACAGUUGGAAGAUUCUUGGAAGGAUGCAACCUCUGGAUUAAUAAAAAGAAAAUGAGCUUUGGAACAACAUGAGCUCACCGUAUUUACGGUUUUUACGGUUUUUACUGUUUUUAUUGUUUUUACCGUUUUUAUCGUUUUUAUUGUUUUUACCGUUUUAUCGUUUUUAUUGUUUUUACUGUAUUUACCGUUUUUACAGUUUUUGCCAUUUUUACUGUUUUUUUCUUUAUUUUCUGUCUAUCUGAGGUUAAUUAGGUCAAUGUGAUGCACAAAGUUGCUACUUUCUGCUGAAUCCAUUGAUAUAAUUUCUGUUGGUGCUUUGAUACCAUUAAUAAAUCAUGUAAAGGUGUGAAUAUUGAUCUAAUUAUUUUUAUUUGUCUGUAAAACUGGUGCUGGUCUGUAGAUUCAGCUGCAAUAAAAUACUUUUUACAAGA